GGUCCUGUCGUAAGAAUCAUGUUGGCUUUGCGAUAAUAUCUUGUGUAUAGAUAGUCUUUCUUUCUUGUACCCCACAUUCGCAUUCCGCUUGGGUUGAUUUUAUCUUGUCCUUGUAACGUUGUGCGCACCUCAUGAUCUCGAAUUGCGAUUUGUCAUGACAACAGUAUUGACAAGACUCCUAGGGGAGCCAGUCCACAAUGUCGGUCUCAUUGUUGGAACUUCAGUCAUUGCCACUAUUACGGUUUUGAGUCUGAGUAAGCUCGCAUUUUCACGCAGCCUUCCCCAGAAAAUCAUUCCCAGCCCGAGAGAAACCCAACUCCCAAGACUCUCUAAAGAGGAACAAGAAGCCUUGCCUUAUCCACCGGACGCCUUUCCCGGCGCCAGGGAUGCUGUCAGCCCUUACGGCACCAUCAGGGUCUACGAAUGGGGACCAGAAACCGGCAGGAAGGUACUCCUGAUCCACGGCAUUAGCACACCUUGUGUGGCUUUGGGUGGAAUUGCUCGUGGGUUGGUGGAGAAAGGAUGCAGAGUCAUGCUGUUCGAUCUUUGGGGAAGAGGUUACAGCGACAUGAUCGAUCUCCCUCUUGACUCUCGUCUAUAUACCACCGAAAUCUUAUUGGCCAUUACUUCCUCUUCAUUGCCCUGGACUCCUGGUGGAUUCAGCCUCGUUGGAUACUCACUCGGUGGCGGAGUAGCUGCUGAUUUUGCGAGCUAUUUUCCAGCAAUGGUGAAUUCACUUGUGCUUCUCGCUCCAGCAGGAUUGGUUAGGCCAUACCACUAUUCGUGGGCAACUAGAGCCGCAUACAAGAAUCCUCUUCCAGACUCCUUCUUGGAGUGGUUGACGAAGCGUCGUAUGGGAGGUGGAAGCACAUACAAACCGAUGACAAAGACAGGCGACCAGGACCAUCCGACAACUGGCGAGGAAUUAAAAGGAAAUCGAGACUAUAAGUUCGAGAGUGCUGUCUUGACAACGAACAACUCAAAGUCUGAUGUCACCGUUGCAGAUGUGGUACAAUGGCAGAUCAAUAAUCAUGAAGGCUUUAUCAAGAGCUUUAUGAGCUCUGUCAGGCAUGCGAGCAUCGAGGAGAAGCAUGAGACAUGGACGAAGCUUAGUACCAGGAAGGAUAAAGUUCUCAUUAUCGUAGGUUCAACAGAUCCCGUCAUCAUUGCGAAGGAGCUGCAUGAGGAUGCUGGGAGUACGAUUGGCUACGAUAAUCUAGAGUGGAGAGAAAUCGACAGUGGCCACGAAUUCCCUGUCUCCAAAGGAGACGAAACAGUCGCAGUCAUCAGUGAAGUCUGGGGUUUAUAGAAAGCUGUUGGGAAGUGUUCUGAAUACAGGCUGGAAGAACGUUUUCAUGGACUGGUCUGAAAGACUCGAGCUUUUCACUGUUUUUUGUCUCACUCAGCUGUAAUCUGAAUACAAAGAUUCCUAGCACGAUCAUAAACGUUUCCUAUCUCAUGGAGCC